AUGUCCAGAGUCGCAAAUAAUCGGGAUUGGGCUGAUGACGAGGAUCUCGAGGAUUCCAACGAGCUCCCACAGUCAACGACCACUACCAACAAAGAUGGCACACAAACCAUUGUAACCUGGAGAUUCAACGAUGAUGGAAAGAAGGUCAAGACUACACGUCGCAUCAGAUUCACAAAAGUUAAGGAAAUCGUCAACCCAAGAGUGGCCGAGAGAAAGUCCUGGGGCAAGUUCGGAUUAUCCCAAAAGGAUGCUGCGGGGCCUGCUUCGGAUACAACCAGUGUAGGAGAGAACAUUAUAUUCAGACCAAGCACGAACUGGAGAAAGGAUGCUAAGGAGGAGGUCUCAGAUGCCGGAGCUAUGAAGAACAAGUUGAAGGACAAGCAAGUCAAAUGUCGUAUUUGUAGCGGAGAGCAUUUCACAGCCAAGUGUCCCUUCAAGGGCACAAUGGCACCUUUGGGUGAAGAAGGCGCAGUCGACGUUGCCGCUGGCCAUGCAGAUACUCCAGAGGGUCCUGGCGGUCUUGGUGCAGGUAAAUCUUCAUACGUACCACCUCAUCUCAGAAAUGGCGGUGCCGCUGGUGGUGAGAGAAUGGGUGGUGGCAAGUUUGAAAGGGAUGAUUUGGCGACUCUACGUGUCACGAACGUCUCAGAAAUGGCCGAGGAACAAGAACUUCGGGAUAUGUUCGAGCGCUUCGGCAGAGUCACAAGAGUCUUUUUGGCGAAGGACAGAGAAACUGGUUUGGCGAAGGGGUUCGCAUUUAUUAGUUUCCAGGAGAGAUCGGACGCCGCGAAGGCGUGUGAAAAAAUGGAUGGUUAUGGUUUCAAGCACUUGAUUUUACGAGUCGAAUUUGCAAAGAAAGCCACAUAG